CGCGUCUAGAUAAAGAUAUCGCACCGAAGAUAAGAAAAUCAACUAUGGGCAAAUUUUGCACAUUCAACUCGUGAGCUCUACAAUAAUUGCUCUAGUUUGGCCGUAGCUAUUAGGUUAUAUUAAACAGUAAUCCAAGAUGGAACCGGACUGGACCUCCAAUGAAACUUACCGUGCCAUCCCCCAAAUGGAAGUCGGUGGUCCUGAGCAACAAACCAAAGAGCCAACAAAAACGCCGAUUAAAACCAAGUACGAUUCCAACAAUAUGUUUACUCAAAGUAUAUUCGAUCUUACGCUCAUCACCACCAACAUUUGCCAGAUAUGCUACAUCCUGAAGGUGGGCCCAACACUUGGUAUUCUAUAUUACAUAAUGCUCAUUUUGCUGGGCGUUUCUCUUGUUAUGCUGUCUAUUCACGGUUUCAUGGGCCUCUUUGGAAGGCUUCGAUGCAAAAAUCCGCUCUCUGAUGGAUGCUUCAACUGCUUGUACAAUACUUCACUGUUCAUGGUGGUACUCGUCUAUUUAGUCAAUUUAUUGUUUAACGUGCUAAGCCUGAAAGAAAUCGAGGACAAAUGCCUAAUCAUCGUCAAUCACAUGAAAAAUAGAACGGCAGAGUGAGUGAUAAAAGGCAUUUCGACGAAUCACGAGAUAACUUAAUGAGUUCCUUGCAAUCGCGCGUAUUUAACAUUCUAAACCAAGACAAAUAAAAAUUAAGUUCCUACGAGUUUUGCGCUAUCAUCAGUGACAUCAUGUUCAUGUCUUUCUUGUUGAUCUUUGUGCGUUCAGGCGGUUUCAACAGCAUAAAGUACAAUUCUCCUGCAGUUUCAGUGUUCAUUGAAACACAUAGAGGACACUUGCUGAUUUGCGAUAGGUUUCUUGAUAUGCUUUCAAAUUGGCCGUCAUGUUGUGCCU